GGCCAAUAUCCCCCUCAAUCCAGACAGGCAGUACCUCACCCACCCCAGCCACAGUCUCCAGGGCAAGAAACCCCUGCUUCUCAUCUCUGUAAUUCUAAAGCAGAAGGCCAAACUGUCACAGCUGUACUACAUCUGCAGAAGUGAGCAUUCCCCAUACCUUCUGACAUGCCCAGCAGCUGCCCACCCUUUCUGAUUCCCCAUGAAUACUAAGGGGUUGACAACAGUGCCACAGCAGCCACUUUUGCCAUCUCUGUCACCCCCGCCCCCCAUAGUCAUCUCCAAUGCCCAGUCUCUGUCUGAGUCACAGAUGAUACUUCCGAAUAGAGCACACAAGGUAUAUUUUGGCGCUGAGGGUUUACCAGAGAGGAAAAGCGACUGAAAUAGACCAAACCAAAGCUUGCCUUUCCUCAUUGAAAUAUCCCUCCCUUAAAUUAAAAAAAAAAAAAUCCUAUGUAGGGAAAUAAGGAAAGACGAUGAUCAUGAAAUUUAAAAGUCUAGUUCACCCAAGAAGUUAAUCUGCAGGUAGGUGAAGUCUGGGCAGGGUGGGGAAAAGUGUAGAGGCUGCGGAGAAUCCGCUGUUCUCCAUAAAUAAGAUUUAAAAAUCGGAUUAGCGUAUGCCAUGGCUCCUCUGAAUUUUGAUUCUAGUUAAAUCCAGGAAGAGGUUCCCAGGCCAGGUCCCCUAGACCCUUCCCUAGAUGGGCCCUGGAUGAGACCGCCAGCCGCCAGUGACUGCGGUGCCUUUUCUCCCACCCGGGGCAGCUUCCUCUCUCCUCCGCUGGCGGGGCGCUUCUGCAGUGUGCUGGGACCCAACUGAUGCUUCUGGGAAACGAAACCAAGCCGCGCUAAAGUUUCCAGCUUGACUUGUUUCCCGCUCUCUGCGAUGUCCCAGGCGGGGCGCAGGGCGGGGCGGGGCUGGGAGCCGCCUCGGCGGAAAGGCCCGGACCCGUGCGAGGACAAGGGGGCUCUGUGCAGCGUCAGGCCCCGAAGGCGGUCUGGGCGGGGCGGGUGCUGACCGCGUCUCCGUGCGUCCCGCAGGCGGGGAGCCCGCGCCGCCGCACCCGGGCCGCCGGCGAUGAUCACCUAGGAGGCUGGCGCGGGCGGGCGCGAGCGGUGAAGGAGCCGGGCGCGGCGACACGCGGCCAUGGAAAGGGAGCCGGCGGCGGCCGACGAGUCAGGGCCACCGGGACGGCGGCGGCGGCGGCGGAGGCGCCGGGAAGGCAGGACGCGCACCGUGCGCUCCAACCUGCUGCCGCCCCCCGGCGCCGAGGACCCCGUGGCGAGUGCUGCCAAGGGCGUGCAGCGGCGGAGGCGGUGCGGGGGCACGCAGCACCUGGCCGACAACCGGCUUAAGACCACCAAGUACACUCUGCUGUCCUUCCUGCCCAAGAACCUGUUCGAGCAGUUCCACCGCCUGGCCAACGUGUACUUCGUCUUCAUCGCGCUGCUGAACUUCGUGCCGGCGGUGAACGCCUUCCAGCCAGGCCUGGCACUGGCGCCCGUACUCUUCAUCCUGGCGGUCACAGCCUUCAAGGACCUGUGGGAGGACUACAGCCGCCACCGCUCUGACCACGAGAUCAACCACCUGGGCUGCCUCGUCUUCAGCAGGGAAGAGAAGCAGUACGUGAACCGAUUCUGGAAAGAAAUCCGCGUGGGAGACUUUGUGCGUCUUCGCUGCAAUGAGAUCAUCCCUGCAGACAUCCUGCUGCUCUCCUCCAGUGACCCUGAUGGGCUGUGCCACAUCGAGACGGCCAACCUGGAUGGGGAGACCAACCUGAAACGGCGCCAGGUGGUCCGAGGCUUCUCCGAGCUUGUCUCCGAAUUCAAUCCUUUGACGUUCACCAGUGUAAUCGAGUGUGAGAAGCCCAAUGACGACCUGACUAGGUUUCGUGGGUGCAUCAUACAUGACAACGGGAAAAAGGCCGGGCUCUAUAAAGAAAACCUGCUGCUUCGAGGCUGCACCAUUCGAAACACGGAAGCUGUCGUCGGCAUUGUCAUAUAUGCAGGACACGAGACCAAGGCUCUGCUGAACAACAGCGGACCCCGCUACAAGCGCAGCCAGCUGGAGCGGCAGAUGAACUGCGACGUGCUCUGGUGUGUCCUCCUCCUCAUCUGUAUGUCUCUGUUUUCUGCGGUUGGACACGGACUGUGGGUGCAGCGCUACCAAGAGAAGAAAUCAUUAUUUGAUGUCCCUGAGUCCGAUGGUACCUCUUUAUCCCCAGUCACGGCUGCCGUUUACUCGUUUUUGACAAUGAUAAUAGUUCUGCAGGUUUUGAUCCCAAUUUCCUUAUAUGUCUCCAUCGAAAUUGUUAAAGUGUGCCAAGUGUACUUCAUAAACCAGGACACAGAGUUGUAUGACGAAGAAACAGACUCGCAGCUGCAGUGCCGAGCUCUGAACAUCACGGAAGACUUGGGGCAGAUACAGUACAUCUUCUCUGACAAAACUGGCACUUUAACUGAGAAUAAGAUGGUUUUCCGAAGGUGCACUGUGUCUGGAAUUGAAUAUUCUCACGAUGCGAAUGCCCAGCGUCUGGCCAGGUACCAGGAGGCGGACUCAGAGGAGGAGGAGGUGGUGCCCAGAGGCUCGCUGCCCCAGCGUGGCAGCACUGGGAGCCAUCAGGGCAUCCGUGUGCUACACAGGAGUCAGAGCACCAGGUCGCACCGGCGCACAGGCAGCCGUGCCGAAGCCAAGAGGGCCAGCAUGCUGUCCAGGCACACGGCCUUCAGCAGCCCUAUGGAGAAAGACAUAACACCUGACCCAAAGCUUCUGGAGAAGGUGAGCGAGUGUGACAGGUGCCUAGCCUUCGCAAGGCACCAAGAGCACCCACUUGCCCACCUCUCGCCCGAGCUGUCUGAUAUUUUCGACUUCUUCAUUGCACUCACCAUCUGCAACACAGUGGUGGUCACAUCCCCGGAUCAGCCAAGACAAAAGGUGAGGGUGCGCUUUGAGCUGAAGUCCCCCGUGAAGACGAUCGAAGACUUCCUCCGGAGGUUCACGCCCAGCCGCCUGACCUCUGGCUGCAGCAGCAUUGCGAGCGUGGCCACCAGCAAGUCUGCGCACAAGUCAGGGUCCAGCCUCCUGUCCACCCUGGCCAAUGACGGUGCGCUGCUUGGGUUGGAGGAGAGGCUGGGCCCUCCAGCCCCGGGCCUUACCAGCAAUGGCUACAGCAGUGGGGCAGAUGGCUGGGCCCAGCACAAGGUGGCGAAGGAGCCAGAGCCUGAACAGGAGCUGCGCUAUGAGGCCGAGAGCCCUGAUGAGGCGGCGCUGGUCUAUGCAGCCCGAGCCUAUAGCUGCACGCUCGUGGACCGGCUGCACGAUCAGGUGUCGGUGGAGCUGCCCCACCUGGGCAGGCUCACCUUCGAGCUCCUACACACGCUGGGCUUUGACUCCAUCCGCAAGAGGAUGUCGGUGGUGAUCAGGCACCCACUCACGGACGAGAUCAACGUCUACACCAAGGGUGCUGACUCUGUGGUCAUGGACCUCCUGCUGCCCUGCUCCACAGAUGACGCCAGAGGACGGCAUCAAAUGAAAAUCCGAAGCAAGACCCAGAAUUACCUCAACCUGUAUGCAGUGGAGGGCCUGCGCACUUUGUGCAUCGCCAAGAGGGUUCUGAGCAAAGAAGAGUAUGCCUGUUGGCUGCAGAGCCACUUGGAAGCGGAAUCCUCCCUGGACAACCGCGAGGAGCUCCUCUUUCAGUCUGCCAUUCGCCUGGAGACGAAUCUGCACCUGUUGGGUGCCACUGGGAUUGAAGACCGCCUGCAGGACGGCGUCCCUGAAACCAUUGCCAAGUUGCGUCAAGCAGGCCUGCAGAUUUGGGUUCUCACUGGGGACAAACAGGAAACAGCCAUUAACAUUGCAUAUGCUUGCAAACUAUUGGAUCAUGACGAAGAAGUCAUCACCCUGAAUGCCGAAUCCCAGGAGGCAUGCGCGGCCCUCCUGGACCAGUGCCUACACUACGUGCAGUCCAGAAGCCCCCACAGUGCCCCAGAGAAGACUGCCAGCAGCGUGAGCGUGAGCUUCUCGCCCGUCUGCCCGCCCUUGGUGACCACCACCCCCAGCCCCAGCCCCAGCCUUGUGAUUGAUGGGAGGAGUCUGGCCUAUGCCCUGGAGAAGAACCUGGAGGACAAAUUCCUCUUCCUCGCUAAGCAGUGCCGGUCUGUCCUUUGUUGUCGCUCAACUCCCCUGCAGAAGAGCAUGGUGGUGAAGCUGGUCAGGAGCAAGCUCAAAGCCAUGACUCUGGCCAUAGGAGACGGAGCCAAUGACGUCAGCAUGAUCCAGGUGGCAGAUGUAGGCGUGGGAAUCUCGGGCCAGGAGGGCAUGCAGGCAGUGAUGGCCAGCGACUUCGCAGUGCCCAGAUUCCGGUACCUCGAGAGACUCCUCAUUGUUCAUGGACAUUGGUGCUACUCCCGACUUGCCAACAUGGUGCUGUACUUCUUCUACAAAAACACGAUGUUCGUGGGCCUCCUGUUUUGGUUCCAGUUCUACUGCGGCUUCUCUGCAUCUGCCAUGAUUGACCAGUGGUACCUGAUCUUCUUUAACCUGCUCUUCUCAUCGCUUCCCCAGCUGGUGACUGGGGUUCUGGACAAGGACGUGCCCGCUGACGUGCUGCUGACCAAGCCACAGCUCUACAAGAGCGGCCAGAACAGGGAGGAAUACGGGCCUCGCACAUUCUGGUUGAACAUGGCUGAUGCUGCCUUCCAGAGCCUGGUGUGCUUCUUCAUUCCCUACCUGGCUUACUACGACUCAGACACAGACAUGUUCACCUGGGGGACCCCUAUCACUACCAUCGCUUUGUUCACCUUCCUGCUGCACCUGGGCAUUGAGACCAAGACCUGGACCUGGCUCAACUGGACAGCUUGUGGCUUCAGUAUCCUUUUAUUUUUCACCGUGGCUUUGAUUUAUAAUGCUUCCUGUGCAACCUGCUAUCCUCCAUCCAACCCCUAUUGGACCAUGCAGACAUUAAUGGGAGACCCCGUGUUUUACUUGACUUGUCUCAUUGCACCUGUCGCCGCGCUACUGCCCAGAUUGUUUUUCAAAGCCCUACAGGGAAGCCUUUUCCCCACUCAGCUUCAGCUGGGACGCCAGUUGGCCAAGAGGUCCCCCAAGAAACUCAGGGCUCCCAAAGAGACCUCUGCUCAGGAAGGCCUCCCAGGAGAACCAAGAACUGAACCGUCAGAGCAGGGGAGCCUCGGCACCUCCAGGUCCUUGUCCCAGGACUGCAGCUCGCAGGCAACCUGGCCUGCCCAGCAGCCGGCCUGCUCCCCAGAAGCCAGCGGGGAGCCCAGCGUGGUGGAUGUGAGUGUGCCUCUGAGGGAAGACGCCCUUCUGGAAGGGCUGAGCAGCCAGACCCCGGGGUUGUCCUCGCCAGGAGAAAUGAUCCUGGGAUGUCCUGGAGACUCCAAGAUGAAGCCCACCAGCACCAGCAGAGCAGCCCCCCUCUCAUCCAUCUUCAGCCUGUCCGGCUUCAGCUCACUCAACUGGAUUUCUUCUCUCUCGUUGGUCAGCGGGCUGGGAAGCGUCCUACAGUUCUCCCGAAGGUUUACAGAUGGACAAGCAGGACAGCGAGUUCUUGCCUAGCCCCCUUCCGCCAGACCAGAACCUACAGGCCACAGACUAUUUCUAGGAGCCCUUCCAGGGCCUGCGGCUGCUGGUGGCAGUGGUGAAAACCUCGAAAUGCUCUUUUUUUUUUUUUUAUAACAUAGACAUUAAUAUUAUUUAUGUUUCUUAUUUGCACAGAAGAGUUCUAGUGAGAUGUAUUUUAUAUAUUUCCAAGGCUAACACAGGAAAUGAAAGGUACCAAAAAGAAAGUUUAUUUUUUAAAAUUUCUAAGUAGAGUAUAUUGAAGAGAAAAAUAAGAGCUUUAACAUAUAUAAAAGUUUAAAGGAGAGUGACACUUGAAAGGGUGUGUUUGGAUUUAUUUUUUCAUCUCGUUUUAUAAGAAAAUGCAUUCUGACUGGUUUUCUUCAACUCAUGUGGCCUUUGCUUUCCCCAAGUGUAAACAUAUGUGAGCACAGUGAACCCUGGGCGGGUGUGGAGGGAGGGAGGAGGUGGGCAAGUACACAGCCCCAGCAGAUCUCCCUGCCGUCUUGUUUCUCCAUCCCACCACUAGGGGGUGGGGGGGCUUUGCUUCACCAGGAACGGGAAAGUGAGAACUCCAGGAAAACCUACAGAAGUUCAUCCCCGUGCUCAUUUUUUACACAGGCAUUAGGUAAAGAUCACCUGCAGGUAUUACAGUUCCCAUGUGAGGCCUUGCCUGUCAAAAUCAUAAUAAACAACCUUCACUUUGCAAAGAGA